GUGGGCAUUGGGAAUCAAACCCUGAUCCUCUGGAAGAGCAGCCAGUAUUCUUAAACAGUGAACAGUCUCUCCAGCCAGUGAGGAUCCUAUCUAAACUUCUGAGAAAGCUGUUGGAUAUGGGAUAUGAUCUGCUGCAGUCCCUAAAGAUGCCAUAUCAAAGGCAAAAGAUGACACUGAGGCUGUCAAUGAACAUAGUUUAAUGCAGAUGAACUGAAAAGUCUCUAUGUAUUCCUUCCAACUCAGCUGUUUCUGAUGCUUGGAAGCUAUCCUUUCAUCCACAAAGAUGGUAAUAAAUCUUUGCCUCCCACAGUUCAGACCAAGAAUUCACUGCAACAAGGUGUCAGCUGAUGGUUAUGAAGUAGAAAAUCUCAUCUCUGAAGACCUCAUAAAGAGAAGCCAUGGCUUUAGAACAGAGUAUUUCAUUAGACCUCCAGUCUAUGUGACAGUUUCCUUUCCCUUUAAUGUGGAAAUCUGUAGGGUUAACAUAGAUCUCACAGCUGGGGGAUGUCAGAGUGUCACUGGCCUGGAAUUAUAUACAUCUGCUUUAUCUAGCAGAGCCUCUCAGGAUGCACAGGACUGCUGGACUACAGGGCCAAUGGACACAUCUGUCCCAGACAAGGAGGCCUUCACCUUGGUAGGCAAAGUCUUACUGAAAAACCAGAACCAUGUGGUGUUCAACCACAGGGGCUUCAAGGCUAGACCACCUUUUAGCCCAAUGGAAGUCACACUCCUCUCUCCUGCUGUUGUAGCCCAGGAACUCUGGAAUAAAGGGGCUCUUUCUCUUAGCCAUGUGGCCCACCUCAAGAUCGGCAUCACCCAUGUGACAGGGAGUGGCAUCCCUUGCAUCAAGCGUUUAGAGGUGUGGGGUCAGCCAGCCAGGACCUGCUCUCAGGAGGUGAUAAAUAGUGUCUUGUUGACAACCUCAGAAAGCCUGCCUCAGGACUUGGGUCUGCACACUCCAGCCUUGCCCAUGGAGAGUGACUAUGACCCUGGGGGUCAAUCUGAGGGCCAGCAGUCUCCCUGUACCUUACAGGACAUGUCUGAGGUGGUUCGUGAUGUGCCAGAGGAGUUCCUGGAUCCUAUCACCCUGGAGAUCAUGCCAUGCCCCAUGCUGCUGCCUUCAGGCAAGGUCAUUGACCAGAGCACUCUGGAGAAGUGUAACCUCAGUGAAGCUGCCUGGGGCCGGGUGCCCAGUGACCCUUUCACAGGGCUAGCCUUUACUCCACAGUCCCAGCCCCUACCUCAUCCUGCCCUGAAGGCCCGGAUCGACCGUUUCCUACUCCAGCACUCUAUUUCAGGCUGCCACCUGCUUGGGAGAGCACAGACUCCAUCAGCAAUGGUCCCUUCUGUCAUUACCCUGCCCUCAAGGAAAAGGAAGACGGAGCCGGCUGAGCACAGCUCACACUACAGCCUUGGCAUGGAUGCAUCUUCCUUUGCCACAAGCCCUUUACUCUCACCCGCUACCUCAGAGCCGACUGCCAAGAAGAUGAAAGCCGCCAAUGAGCUGGGCCUGACAGACAUGGACUGUUCAGCAGGUCCAGUGUCCCAUGAGCAGAAGCUGUCGCAAAGUCUGGAAAUUGCCCUGACUUCCACCCUUGGCUCCAUGCCUUCCUUCACUGCUCGGCUCACCAAGGGGCAGCUCCAGCUGGGCACAAGAGGGAGCAGUGCUUGCAGGAGGCCAGCCACCAGCUCCGAGCACCCAAGGAGUGUUUCUGGCCCAGAAUGUGCCUCCUGCAAACGAGCAUUUUCUUCCUACUCCACAAGUGAGCCUGUGUACCAGCUGCCCUGUGGCCACCUUCUGUGCCGACCCUGCCUGAGUGAGAAGCAACGUUCCCAGCCCAUGAUCUGCACAGCCUGCCAGCAGCCAGUCACCAGCCAGGAUGUGCUGCGGGUCCAUUUUUGAGAGACGAUCCUCAACUGGAGAAGCCCCAUUUUGGGGGAGACCUGAAGGUGGAGGAAGCAAGAACAGAAUCCCAGUGCCUCUGUUCUCUCCUGGGCUGGAAUACCUCAUGGUGUGUUAUGGGGACUGGGUAGGGACAUCCCACUCCUGCUUAGGCAACAACAGGAUAAUAAAGCCAUAGGGCUGGGCUGGGAAGACAUCACUAUUCUUCCUGCCCCACCUUGCCACUCCCCAACCCGAGCCAGCCCCAACUGUUCAGGAGCAUCCCCUGAUGCCCCCAUGUUAUCUGCAUACAGCCUUGUAGUGGAGCUUUGUGGGGGUGGGGCUCAACAGACUGUGACGUGGGGCCUCACACAGCUUUCUCUGCCUCAGGGUCACUCAGAAGUGGACCAUGGUAGGGGCUGUUAAGCACAUGAGUUAUCCAUGUGUACCCCCACCCCUGCAGACACUGGCAGCCUUAAUAAAGUGACAGUUGACGUUCAA